AUGCUGCAGCUUAAACCUCUUGCCGCACCAUUCAUCUUUGAUAUGUUGGUGGGUGCACAGGUGCUACCGAAGCGCCAACAGACGAAGCUGCUCAAGUCUGUUGCCAUCUCUGUCUCCUUCUCCAUGUACUGCAGCGAAUCCAAGCUGGUUGUCAUUGCCUCGUCUCUCUCCAACACUGUCAUCCAACCAUACUUUGUCAACGACGGCGUGAUUGCACGCGUGCCAAAGUUCCAGGUUGACUUGCCCGGGGGCAGCGUCGACAAGCCGCCCAAACUCACAAACACAGAGGUCUCCGUUGCAGUGCUGUACGGCCAGCCCUACAUCUUUGUGAUUCGAAAUUACCCGAAAACACACGUCGGGCACAAAGCAGACGUCACCCUGUAUCUUGUCACAAGGGAGGGGUGCCAGAAGUCGCACGUGCUGGUGCUGCGGGAGAAUGGGCGGUUCAUGCUCAACAUUGUCGACAACCUCGUCGUUGUCCACAGCCAACCAUCGCGGGCGUCGUAUGUGUUUGACAUUCGCUCAAACGCGCCGUCGCAAUCACAGCGCCACACACACGCUGGCCGUGCGGGCGUCUUUAAACAAGCGCGCUCCGCGUUCCAAACGCAUUUCCCCAUCGUGUCGAGCACCCGCAUCCAACCAGCAACCAUCGGUGUUGCGCCGUGGCAAACGCACCGCCUUCGGGAUUCCUCCCGCACAACCAUUCCCGUCGAACUAUAUUCAAGAAACUGGGUUGCGUUCCACCCGAACAUCAUCAUCGACCCAUCACUCGGAGUGCUGUGGCGCCUGCGGGUGCUGCCUUCCUCACUCAGACACCACAUGAAGGAGUUUGAUGCACUCGUUGACGUUCUCGUUCGAAGAACAAACGGCCAUGACGUCAUCAUUCAGGUUCUUCGUGAAGCACUGGAUCCGCGCCAGCGUGUCAACAUAGCCGCUGCCGGCCGCGUUUUCGACAUUGUCAAUCGCGCUUGCAUGAAAGCACAGCCGGCACAGCCGAACACCACACAUCUUGUGCAGUAUCAGAAUGUGUCUCAACUGGAUGUGUACGUGCACUUGUUGAGUGCCAUCCGUGAGACGGAAUCGAUGGACAACCGCACGUUCGUCGCCGUUCUUCUCGAGUACAUUCGGUCAUUGCAUGAGCACGACAUCUCUGUCGAGCACAAUGUGUACGACCUUCUUUUUGCUGCGUUGGUGGAGGAUGGCCGGUUCUACCAGCUGCAUCAGUUCCUCCAGUAUCACGUCAUUGAUGACGACAAGUACUUGGCAUGCCGCCUUCUGAGUAUCAAGGACCAGUAUCAGCCGGCGCUGCAACUCGCGAUGGACAUGUUCAAGCGCCUCGGCGAUUCACAGGAAGAAAUCUUCCACGUUCUCCUCACACAACAACAGAUUGUGACUGCGAUGCACUACCUGCGUGAGCUCGGCCCCGCCGUGAACAUUCGCACGCCCGGCUCGCGGCUCCUCAAGGCCGUGCAAGCGAUGGGCGAUCCCUCGCUCUUCCUCUCAGCAUUUGAGUUUUUCCAGGAGCGACGAAGGAAGCAUCCAAACGACUUUGGUGUGGGCGACUUUGAGGGCAUGGCGAAGCAGUUUGCUGCGCUGCAACAGCAGCCGUCCCGUUCACCGUCAAAGCCCCGCCCACCAUGAUGUCGGAGAGUGUGUAUGGGAGGGGGGAGGGACAUGCACAUGUGCAGAUGUUGUAGUUAACUCGUGUGCAUGGCUUCGUACGUUGUGGUGUCUCAUGUGUGCGCGUGUGACAGUUGCUCGCAUGCAAUCACGUGUGGGCCAGCUGUCUUUGCGUUGUAGGUUGCUUGUUACACACGCCCACCAGCGUUGCUCGUGCUGUGUUGUGUUGUUGAUGCCUUAGUUCGAAUGAAGGUUACACGACGCA